ACAAUCAGUAGCAUAGAAGAUCAAAGCACACAACAAACUCUAAUUUCUAAAUCAAACCGUAACACCGAUGAACACAAAAUGGCAAACAAAACCCAUUACCUCAAACUGUACAAAGCAAUUUACAAGAAAAUCCCAAAAGGCACAAAGUUUAUAGUUUCAAUUCAAAGCCAUAGCAAUCCAAUUGCAUUGGCUUCCUCUUUCUACCUCAUAAGACAUAAAAAUAUAGAAGAGAGAGAGAGAGAGAGAUUAUUAUCAAGAUAACUAGCAAUCAAAACAAAGAGCAAAAAAAUCAUUUGCGUCAGCCUACGAAAGUUGUAAUCUUGAUCUUCCAUGUCCUUCAUUUUCUCUUUUUGGCUUCUGAAUAUCAUCAAUUUCUCAACAUUUCGAAAAAAUUUUACAAUUUUAUUGCAUUUUGAGCUGUUACUUGAACUGGGUAGAAGAAAAUCCAUCUGGUAACAAGAAAAUUUAGAAUGAUAGUGCAACUGGGUUUCAAAUUGCCAACCAAGUCCAAAACGGGCUAGACUCAGGAAAAACUCAGAGAUUAGAUAUGAGAUAGAUGAAGGAGAGGGAGAGAGACAAGUAUCGAUGAGAAUCAACUUAAGCCCAAACUUUGGAGGUUUAAUCGAUGAGAAGAUGGGGAUUUGAGCGGGUUAGGGUUUCUUUUUUUUUUCCCUCAAUCCAAUGCACCGUUUAUCUUAACCGUCCCUGGUUAUGUGAACUAAACAAUAGACAGCAGGUCCCACAUAUAAUAUUAUUAUAUUGUCUAAUUUUGAUCAAAAUUGAAUUGGGGUACAAUUUUGAUAAAAGAAACCAAAAUAGUAUGGCUGAGGAGUUAAGUUUGAUUUUAGGGUGUAAUUGUGAUGACCGGGAAAGUUUGGGUAUAAAUGAUGGUUUAUCCCCUAGUUUAGUGUAAUCCCUGGCCAAUGGAAACCAUUGGCCGAGCUAGCAAAUAUCACGUGGACUAUUGUCGCCCUCAUAUCCUACACUCUGGGCCCCACUCUCCUUCUCCUCUUUUUCUCUCUGCACUUCGCUCUCCCUUCAUCCCUGAGACACCAUAUGCGCCUUUACGGAACCACCAAAAGAACACCCAAACAGCCGACUCGAACUAAAACGUACAACAAUUAGACUCACAUAUGGAAGAGGUCUCGACGGGGGCCAUAGUUCCGGCAGUAAAAUUCGAGCCAAAACCAUCUUCUUCCUCCGCCGCCGCAGAAACUUCCGCGGAGCCUUCCUUUCAGGCGGCGGCGGCGGCGGCUACGGUGGAGGAUGAAACGGGAUUAGCGGAGCUCGAUAAGGAUUUUCUUUGCCCGAUUUGUAUGCAAAUUAUUAAAGAUGCGUUUCUUACUGCUUGUGGUCACAGUUUUUGCUAUAUGUGUAUUAUCACUCAUCUUCGUAACAAGAACGAUUGCCCUUGCUGUGGUCAUUAUCUCACUAGCAAUCAGCUCUUCCCUAAUUUCCUGCUCCAGAAGCUAUUGAAGAAGGCUUCUGCUCGUCAAACAUCAAAAAAUGCGUCUCCUGUUGAGCGUUUUCGCCAAGCAUUACAACAGGGUUGCGAAAUUUCAAUUAAGGAGCUGGAGACCCUUAUGUCACUUGCUAUGCUAUGUUCAGGGUCGAAAAUAGAUAAGAACAGUGGUGGUAUGAUAAGCAGUUCUUUUAAUGCUAGAGGAGGGAUGACUGCCGGGAAUCUUCCGAUGAAGAAAAUGGAUGGUAAGGCUCAAGGCUCUCAUGGCCUUCAGAGAAAGGAUACUUUAAGUGGGUCUGACUCACAAUAUAACCAGUCAGGGCUAUCUGUUGUAAGGAAAAAGCGAAUCCAUGCACAGUUUAAUGAUCUACAAGAUUGUUACCUGCAAAAGCGUCGUCAGUUGGCAAACCAACCACAUAAUCAACAAGAAAGGGAUAAAAAUGUCAUUCAUAGAGAGGGCUACAGUGCCGGUCUGGCAGAUUUUCAGUCCGUGUUGAGUACCUUCACACAGUACAGUCGCUUAAGGGUCGUUGCUGAACUCAGGCAUGGGGAUCUAUUCCACUCAGCCAAUAUAGUAUCAAGCAUUGAAUUUGACCGCGAUGAUGAACUGUUUGCUACUGCUGGAGUUUCAAGGCGAAUCAAAGUGUUUGACUUUUCCACGGUUCUGAAUGACCCAGCAGAUGUUCACUGCCCUGUUGUGGAAAUGUCGGCACAUUCUAAACUUAGCUGCUUGAGUUGGAACAAGUAUGCAAAAAAUCAGAUAGCUAGUAGUGAUUAUGAGGGAGUGGUAAAUGUUUGGGAUGUGACAACUAGGCAGAGUGUGAUGGAAUAUGAAGAGCAUGAAAAACGUGCAUGGAGUGUUGAUUUUUCUCGUACAGAACCCUCAAUGCUUGUAUCUGGUAGUGAUGAUUGCAAGGUCAAAGUUUGGUGCACAAAUCAGGAAGCUAGUGUUCUCAAUAUUGACAUGACAGCGAAUAUUUGUUGUGUCAAGUACAAUCCUGGAUCUAGCAAUUACAUUGCGGUUGGUUCGGCAGAUCACCACAUUCACUACUAUGACUUAAGAAACAUCAGCCAUCCACUCCAUGUGUUCAGUGGGCACCGCAAAGCUGUUUCAUAUGUGAAAUUCUUGUCUAACAAUGAGCUUGCUUCAGCUUCUACAGACAGCACAUUACGGUUAUGGGAUGUGAAGGAGAAUGUGCCAGUUCGAACCUUCAGAGGCCACACAAAUGAGAAAAAUUUUGUAGGGCUCUCGGUAAACCAUGAGUACAUUGCAUGUGGCAGUGAAACAAAUGAAGUUUUUGUAUAUCAUAAGGAAAUAUCCAAACCUGUUACGUGGCACAGAUUUGGUUCACCAGAAAUGGAUGACACCGAUGAGGAUGCAGCUUCUUAUUUCAUUAGUGCCGUCUGUUGGAAGAGUAACAGUCCUACAAUGCUAACUGCAAAUAGUCAGGGUACAAUUAAAGUACUAGUUCUUGCAGCUUAAUAAUUACAAAAGAUUUAAAAAAUUGAAAUUAUACCUUGGUUUUGUAUUGUUUUUUGGGUGAUUAGUAUAUAAUCUUUGUGCAUAACAUAUCAUUGGAGCAUGAAUUGGGGGGAAGGAGGGGGGUCCAGAUGUGGUUCUGCAAGUCUUGUUCUUUUUGUUGUUUUUGGCAGAUAAGUGUACAAGCUUUUACACUAGAGUGUAGUGUCUAUAGGCUAUUAAUGCAUGUUAGAUUCUGUAGCUGAAUUAAUUUUAGUAAAGCUCUACUCUCUAUUCAAUAACUGAAUUUUCUCUUGUGAA